CAGCAGCCCCGGUGGUCCACUUGUUGAUCAAUGAUGCUCAAUCAGUCAGCGGAAAGUUUCGUCAAAACCGACGGUGAAUACAGUGACUUUAUGGAUUUCACAGUUUUUCAAGUGCCUUUAAGCUCGGCCCCGACCGAAAUUCAUAGGCACACUCUUCAUUAGUCCAAUGGAAAUAUAACAGUGUCUGACAGAUCACCUCUAAUCCUCACCAAUAUGGCCACGAGCUUCGUCUCAACACCGUCUUCGAAGGUUGGAGUCAAAAUAGUUUUGAUAGCUACCACCUUAUUUUUUGCGUAUUCAAUCGGAUAUCCGGUCUAUACAUUGUUCUUCUACCCACUGAAGAAAGUGCCUGAGCCAUUCCUGGCUAGAUACACACGCCUUUGGGAGUUGUGGACUGUUGCUUGGGGAAAUUACAAUUUGGAACUCACCCAGCUACACGAGAAAUACAGUCAAUGAGAUCCUUUCAAGGCUUUCGCAGUAUUCUGGAACUAAACAAAAGUCGAAAAAGGCAACGUUGUGCGGCUAGCACCUAAUCGCUUCAGUUUCAACAGCAUGGAG